AUGUGUUGGCUGGCCACACGGUCCUCCCUCAGGAAACAGCAGCCCCUGCGACGUGAAGUCAUCGCGUGCGGCUCAGGAGCUGCUGUAACCUCCCUGGAAUGUGCCCUCAGAUCCACAAAGCCCCCAUCACUUCCCAAGCUGCCCAACCUCCUGGUGAAGGACAAAAGCAUUGUCCCGAUCCCACGUGGAACAUUCCGAGGUGACUCUCCUGCAGGAGCAGCGUCCCAGCCAUGUCCCGUCCCUGGGAAAUGGUUAAACCGCAGUUUUUGUGGCUCAGCCCGCACACUCGCUCCCUGCUACCUGGCCGACCUGCGCCCGGCCACGGGCAGCCUGGUGUCGGCCGUGGGCUGCACGGUGCAGCUGACAGUGCCCGAGCUGCGGGGCAGCAGGGCUGUGUCCUGGGAGUACCGGGAGGGCUCGGAGGAGAGGGUCAUCCUCAGCUAUGCCUUCCACCACGCCCCCAACGUGUCCGUGCUCUACAAGAACCGCGCGACGUUCAACGAGACCGACCUGUCGCUGCAGGUAGUGCUGCGGCGCGGGGACGGCCGCCUCUACCGCCUCAGGGCCCAGGAGGAGGCCACGGCCUGGUUCCACCUGCACGUUUUGGAGCCGCUGUCCCAGCCAAAAAUCGUGGGCAACUCCUUGGUGAAAGCAGGAGGCAACACCAAACUGGUUUGCAACGUGGUGGAAGGCAAGGCCGACGCCUACUGGUGGAAGAAAAAUGGGGAGCUGCUCCUGGGCAGUGAGCGCAUCCGGCUUGUGGAGAACACCACGCUGUGCAUCCUGCAGGCGUCCAUCACCGACAGCGGCUACUACACGUGCGUGGUGAGCAACGCCGUGAGCCAGAAUGAGACCUCCUUCCUGCUCCAGGUUCACCACUCUGCCAACGUGAUGCUGCCUGUGGUCCUGACCUGUGUCAGCGUCGGCUUGCUCGCAGGUGUCCUCGUCUGGUACCAGAAAAGGGAGAACUCAUGUGACAACUGUUGGUAGAGCUCGGUCAGGCCUGCUGUUGCCCUUCCCUGGUGAUGGAUACUGCUGGGAGUGCCAGCUAUCCCAUCCCAACCCAUCCAUCCCAUCCCAUUCCAUCCCAUCCCAUCCCGUCCCAUCCCAUCCCAUCCCAUCCCAUCCCAUCCCAUCCCAUCCCAUCCCAUCCCAUCCCAUCCCGUCCCGUCCCGUCCCAUCCCAUCCCAUCCCAUCCCAUCCCAUCCCAUCCCAUCCCAUCCCAUCCCAUCCCAUCCCAUCCCAUCCCAUCCCAUCCCAGCCUCUCCUGGGCUCACCUCUGAAGUGUCCAAGCUGCCAGAACCUGCAAAUAUUUUUCUUUUUUUUUUGAAAACUCUGGUUUGGACUAUUUCUAUGUUGUCCUGCUCUUCCUGUUGUCCAUUCCUGGGGAUGGGGACGUACCUGCUCUCUCCCUCCAUCCUCCUGGCUUCCUCCAGAGGCCUCAAUGAGCUCAUGGCUCUGGAAAGAGCCACAGAUCCACAGUCCUGGGGCUGCUGGGAGGUGCCAUGGUACCAGCCCUGCCUCCCUGGGGCCUCCCAGUGUCCUGCUCUGCCGGGGGUUUGCCAGGGGGCUCAGGGACUGAGGCUCUGGGCAUCCUGCUCCGUGUGACCCUUGGAGGGAGGAGAAAGGGCGGGACUGUGCUGGGUGUGCAGCCAGGAGGGAGUGGAGGAGGCAGUGGGAGCUGACAGAGAAUGGGGGAGCAGCAAAGGAAUUCAGUUUCUGAAAGCUGAUCCCAGGGAAAUCCGUGCAGUCGGCUGAGGUGGGGAUGCUCCUGAACCCAACUCCUCCAGCCCUGGGCUCUGCAGGGUCUGGGAAUAUCCCUGGGGACAUCCCCUCCUCUUCCCAGCACCACUGCUGGUGCCAGCUUGUCCUUCCUGUUUGCUGCUCCUGCGAGUGACAUCGGCCUUGGCCUGGCUGGGUACAGGGAGCCCUGCUCCUGUCCUGUCCCCUGCUGUCCCCUCCCUCCCCGUGCUGCCUCUGCAGGGCUCUCCUGGGCUUUGCUGUGAAGGGGAUGUUGCUCCUCCAGCUGAACCUGGAGGCAGAGCAGGCAUCCCCAGCCUGGAGAGAACUGGAUGCUGUCCCAGGUGGACCCCACUGUUGGUCACCCUGGGACAUUUGCACCCCCUUUUAAUCUGAGGGGGAAAUCCCAGGUCCGGGGCCCUCCCUGAGCCAGUCCCCAGCACCUCUGGAAUGGGCUGGGGACCUCUCAAAGGCAAACUGGAAAAUUGUGGGAGAGGUCACUGGGAGAUUCAGGGGCUGUUAGCAAGGGGCCAUCUUAGCCUGGGGGUUUCGUGGAGCCAUUAAAGGAAGCAGGGGAGUUUGGGUGGAAUAAAUGAGAUUCCAGCCCCUGUUGGAAGCUGCAGGGCAGGUUGUCAUGUUCUCUGUUGCACUUGAGGGUGUAAAACCUACGUUUUACAAGAAAUAACUUUUCUAAGCGUUUUGAGGAGUUUACUGUGAAUGGUUUUGGAGACUUUGUGGUUUGUUGAUGGCUGUUGCUGCUAAUAAAGAGCGUGUGUUAUCCCA